AGUUGUGACGCGACUUUCAAAUCGUUCGCAAGUAUACCGGCAGUGGGUGCAGUGUGUGGAGCUGUUGCUUUGGGUUCCAUCAAGUGAAAGAAGACAAAGUAAAAGAGUCGCUCUUUCACUUCUCAGAAUCCUCCAGUUGUGGUGUGCGUGAUCGCGAGACAUUUUAAUUUCCCAGAAGAUCGCUGUAAUUUGUUGUUUUUUCUUCUUCUUAAAUUUAUGUUGCAUUAUUUCCCAACGUGGUGUGUCAAGGUAUAGAUUUUGAGACAAAAGGUCACAGUGUCUUCCUUAUUUGGGAAAAAGUGAAAAGAAGCAUCAACAAAAAAAACUUUUAAAAGCUUUUUAAGUGAGUUAAAAAUGAAGUGAUAAAAGUGCGUGGUGAAUUGUGGAAUAAAUCUUCCUCGGAAGAGUACAAUUGUGCAGUUAAUAAAGGAGGUGUGUUAUGCUCAAUAUGUUCGUCUCAAGUUCACCGUUUUUGCUGUUUUGUAUCUCUUAUGCAAUCUGUUUGUUGACAUCAGCAAAUGGAUUCAGAUGGCCAACAAGCGAAGAGGAGGCUCUUGAUGAGCAAAAUGACAUUGAAAUUCUGAAAGCAGUGCAACAAUCAAUGCAUGAAUGGAAAAUGAAGUCACAUCAUAAACAUCAUCGACGAAAACGCGAAGAAAAACGCGUUUGCUAUGGGGAUUUGGGUUGCUUUGAGGAUUCCGGACCAUUUGGAUAUUUAGAUAUGCUUCCAGCAUCCCCGGAAGAGAUUGACACCAAGUUCUAUUUCUAUUCAACGAAAAAUAGGGGAGAUCGCCCACUUGUGGAGUUUUCUUACUUCAACAUCUCAGCGGCUGUUGGUACAAAUGACCAAUCCCUGAGUGAGACUACAACCACUCUCAGUGAUUCAAAUGGAACUACACCAAAUGCAACAGCAGGUGCUACCUCAACGACAUCACCACAACUAUCCCGAAGUGAGCUUCGUCGCUCUCUGGAUCGUUUGGAAGGUCUUGAGAUUCUCUCAGCACGUGUUAUUGUUCAUGGUUUUGGCUCAAGUUGUCCCCAUGUGUGGAUCUAUGAGAUGCGUACAGCCCUUAUGGCGGUGGAGGAUUGCAUUGUGAUAUGUGUGGACUGGGAGAAGGGUGCAACGUUGCCGAACUACGUGAAAGCAGCAGCCAAUACGCGACUUGUUGGGAAGCAAUUGGCACAACUCCUGUCUGCCCUACAAACCCACCGAGGUCUUCAGAUGUCUCGUGUGCAUAUUAUUGGCUUCAGUUUGGGCGCACAUGUGGCGGGCUUUGCAGGAGCUGACCUUCCUGGGCUAAAUCGUAUUACAGGCCUCGAUCCGGCUGGACCAUUGUUUGAGUCUCAGCAUCCAAAAGCUCGGCUCGACAGCAGUGAUGCGAGCUUCGUUGAUGUGAUCCAUUCAAAUGGGGAAAAUCUCAUACUGGGAGGAUUGGGAUCAUGGCAGCCCAUGGGUCAUGUUGACUUCUACCCAAAUGGUGGCCGAGUUCAGCAUGGAUGCUCAAAUCUCUUCGUUGGAGCUGUAACUGAUUUUAUUUGGUCUCCUGCAGCAUCGGUUGAGGGGAGAUCUCUCUGCAAUCAUCGAAGGGCGUAUAAAUUCUUCAUUGAUUCCGUCGCACCACGAUGUCUAUUCCCAGCUUUUCCCUGCGGAAGCUACGAUGAAUUUCUUCAAGGCAAAUGCUUCCCCUGCAAGCAAUCAUCAAAUGCAUCGGGAAUUUCCACUGAUGCUCGAUGUGGCAACAUGGGAUACUACGCAGAUCGAUCAACAGGACGUGGGCAGCUUUACCUUGUAACUCGCGAGGAAGAACCUUUCUGUGCUCAUCAAUACAACAUUGAGAUCUACAGCGCUGUUAGUGACUUGCCAUUGAGAUCUCUGGGACGUUGGGAGGUAACUCUGAUUGGAGAAGGAGGUCUCAAUGAAACCUUCACAAUUACAGAGAAAGACGACACGGAAUUUUUUGCAGGUGAAAAGAUUUCACGAAUUUUGGUGCCACAUCCAGCUCUUGGCUUCCCUACUGAUAUUUCGCUCACGUACAAAUCCUACAGUGGAUGGCUAUCGCGUGGACUACCUGUUUGGAAUAUCUACAAAGUAAUCUUAACAGAUAGCUUUGGUCGGAGUUAUUCUAUCUGCAAGCGCUUCUUCACACUCGACUCAGGGAAGCCCGAAUUGUUGGCCCUCCUGCCUGGGGAUUGUCACAUUCCUGAGGAGAUAGACCUAGAAGAAGGUCCACUGGAUAGGAUAGAUGAGAAGAGGAGUGAGGAAAAUGAAGUUGGGGUUGCAUUUGGUAGUUUUGAAGAUCAAGAUUUGCGAUUUACACGAGAUGACAGGGAGAAUAGUAUAAAUCCCAAAUGGCAGUUGGAUGGAAAUGGAUUAGAUGGUUCAGCGACUGAACAGAGUCGAGGAUUUCCCGAAGAAAUUAUCACAACCAACAAUCCCCCGGAAAUCUUUGAGCCUAUCCUGAAGGAGAAGCGUCGAAAGACGGGCAAAGGAAGAAAAUUUGAUUCUGAAGGAAGUGGUACAGAAGAGGUCUUGGAGCCAAUUCUACGCUCCACAACCCCGCGGAAUCAGAAUAAAUCACAAGAAGAUGGACGAUCGGCUGGUGAUAGAAGGAAAUCCAGAGAGGGAAAUUUUCACACAGUUCAACUUUUCCCCUUUCGCCUUGGGGAGUUCCUGGAGCGUGCUGAACGGUAUGCAAGGCUAACACUUCUCCCCUUGAUUAGUGAAACUGCCCCGAGGUUCUUUAACUUUGGCGCCACAGCGAAUGAUGAUCGCAAACCCAAGUACCUCACAGAGGAGGAUUUUAAGCAGGCAGAAAUUGCAGAAGCAGUCACGAAGAAUCUCCUCAAUGUCACCACAGAGACACCUACAAAUGUAACGGGGAAAGAGGAAAUUCUCACGCAUAUUGAAGUUGAAAAUGCCGCAAAUCAACGAAAUCUCUAUGAACCAUUGCGAGAGGAGACAACAAAUGAAACGCGUAUCCUUUCGCCAAGAUCUGCUUCCGAUAGCAAAUACUAUACGAAUUUGAAGGAUGUUGUGCCACCGAGUGCUCUGCCGGCACUGCCCAAUGCCACGCAGACAACACAGACAGAAGAGGAGAAUGUGAUUCGCAUUGAUUUGCCCACUUAUCGACCACCUUCCGUGGAUUUUCCCUACAACUUCGAAGUACCCGCCACGGCACAGGAUGAUGUGGAUGUAGAUGAGGCACCUGAGCCAACAGAAAUUGUCGAAGAUGCCAGGCGAGAUACCAACAAAUUCAUCCCAUUAACCUUUUCCCAAGAUGCCGAAAAGGUGUGACAAAGCAAGAAAAAAAUCGCCAACACCUUUGAGCUGUUAUCUAGUCGGGAGUUGAAUCCCUCAAAAUCUCCCUAAAUAGUUUCUCCACGUGUUCUAUUACUAUCCCCCUUUUUGCUCAUUUUGACUGUCCCCCCUUCUCUAAGUGGAGGUUUUUUUUCAUAUUGGGACUCGGUGACUAAACAACUAUUUUUUUUUAUUAAGAUUGCAACUUAAUUUAUUUUUUGAUUUCUCUAUUUUCCGCAACUUUAGUAGGUAAUUAAAAAUAAAAUGGAAGUUUCUCUUGCAACCCAAUGGAAGCUUCAUUGUUUAGUUGUACAAUUUUACAUGUAUUUUAAUUUUUUUUUGAAUAAAAAAUUGAAAAAUGAACAAAUUGUUAA